AAUUUCAGGGUGAUAAUCUUAUGCAUCAGUCAGGAAUGUUCCUGUCGGGUUUGGAGACCAGUUCGACGACAGCAUCAUUCGCGUUAAUGGAAUUAGCGAAGCAUGAGCAAUGCCAGAAACAGGCAAGGAGCGAUAUUCUGAGGGCUAUUUCUGAGCACGGUUGGAGCUAUGAAGCUAUGGACGAUAUGAAAUAUUUGGAUCAAUGUAUAGCAGAAACUUUGCGAUUGCAUCCUUCAGUGUCUACCCUUGAUAGGAUAUCGAAGGAUGAAUAUAGAGUACCAGGAAGUGACAUUAUUCUAGAAAGUGGAACGCCCAUUUAUAUAUCAUUGUAUGGACUCCAGAAAGACCCCAGAUUUUUUGAAGAUCCAGAAAUGUAUAAUCCCGAACGUUUUCGAAAAGGCGAGCAAAUUUCUGAUGCUUAUCUACCAUUCGGUCUUGGACCGAGGAUGUGCAUUGGGCUGAAACUGGGAAUGUUACACGCAAAAAUGGUGCUAUCUCUGUUCCUGAAAGACUACGAAAUUUAUCAGAGUCCAAAGAACAAAUGUUAUUUAGAUCCACGAUCCACGUUCACAACCGCUGCUAAUGGAAUCAUCUUGCACCUCAAAAAAAUCCAGACAUAA